AUAAGAUAAGUAUCGAAGGACAAUGUUUUUAUAAAGUUUACUAAAACAAUGCAAACUGUCACAUAACGAGUUGAGAAAGAGGAUUUGUGUUAACGGUCAAUGAAAUACCAUGGAGUCACUGAUCGACCAAAUCACAAAGAGGUUUAAGACGAUCAAAGGGCAUAACAACGACGACGCCAUAGAUCGACUCAGUCACGUGUACACAUCAGUUUCACUUGUCAUCAUUGCCAUCUUCCUCACUACAGCGCAUUUCGUCGGCAAGCCAAUCCACUGUUGGAACCCCGCACACUAUGAAAAGGACUGGUAUAAGAGCUACAUAGAAAACUAUUGCUGGAUCUCCAAUACGUACCACGUAGCCUUUCAUGACCAGCUACCUGAAGGAAUUGAGGAACGCAAGGACAGGGAAAUAACCUACUACCAAUGGGUACCACUGAUUCUGCUUUUUCAGGCUUUCUUGUUCAAAAUACCGAACAUUAUCUGGAGAUUGCUCCAUUCGCAUGCCGGUGUAAGCCUUCACAACAUGGUCGACCUGGCUGAGAAGACACAGGGGACGUCGCCGAAGGAUCGACAGGAUACUAUUCAAACUCUUGCUGACAUCAUUGAUCACUGGUUGAAAACGGAGAGAUCAUGGAAAAACAAUCGCUAUACAAGGAUGAGAGAUGCAAUGAGUCAGAAAUGCAGUCUGAUGUGUAGUAAACGAGGUGGUAAUUUUCUUGCCGGUCUCUACGUAAUCGUGAAGCUUUUGUUCUUUGCAAAUGUUGUUGCGCAGUUCUUUAUCCUGAAUGCAUUCAUGGCAUCGAGUUACAAUAUGUAUGGAUUUGAGGUCCUUCACAAAUUGUCCGAUAACACUCCUUGGGAGAACAGUCCUCGCUUUCCUCUUGUAACUUUCUGUGACUUCCAGAUUCGACAGCUUCAGAAUAUUGUUCGGUACAGUCUACAAUGCGUCCUCCCGAUCAACCUCUUCAACGAAAAGUUCUUCGUCUUUCUUUGGUUCUGGUUUUUCAUAAUGGGUAUUGCAUCACUGUACAGCCUCAUUAAAACUUUAGUUGUGAUCGUUGACAAUGGCAGUCGCUAUCGAUUCGUUAAGAAAUAUCUGAAAAUUGACAAUAAAAUUCAGAGCGGAUUUGACAGGAAAGUUUGCCGGAGAUUCGCGGAUCAGUACUUGCGAGAAGAUGGUGUGUUCGUCCUUAGAGUAAUCACUAGUAACUCGACGGAUCUUGUCACGACAGAUUUGGUGUCUGAACUGUGGAGAAAGUUUAAUACAGAAGAAGAAAAAGCGUCAGCCAAUCUAAAAUCCAAUGGACUUCGAGAUGAUUUCACUGACAUAAAAGCAAAUAUCUAGUCUUAAGAAAUGCACCUUCAGUCAAAAAUGAAACUGAUAAAUGUAUUCACCGUUGUUUCGUAUAUACAUUAUAUGCGCUGAUCAAAACUAUCAAUAUUUUUGUAUGCUGCUGGUAUAUUAACAACUGACUUUCGAUUCUUGAUUUGAACAAAUUCAAGAACUUGUAUCGUAGUUAAAAGUUUUCAUUUUCUACGUGCAAUCGGUUUCGCAAUACUUAUGGAAUUUAACAAAAAGUGUAUCUAAAAUCGAGUGUGAACCUGUUUUAUUCUUUCUUUCAAUCAUUCCUACUUACGGUAAAACAGUAGUAAAAAAAUAAAAAAUAAACAUCUUUUCCGAUCAGCAUAUCGGAACAGAGUGUAGAUAAGAGGAAGGGCCUUGUGUGUAUGGAAUACUUCAAAAGUGGAUAUCAUGCAGAUAAAAAUUAUAUGACAUCGAGAAAAGAUAGAUAAACAGUUUAGCAAAUUCUAAGUGAACAAUUAGUUGAACACCAUGUUUGUUUGUUUAUGAUGAAAAUUUAUGCUUAUCAUCAAACCAUUUUCAAAGUUUUGUGUGAUAUUCAUGUAACCGGGUAUUGGAUGUGUAUAUAGCGGCACUUAUACUGUCUCGUUAAAGAGCUAGCUUUUAAAAGGUCUGUACACCAGAUUGGCACCAAAAAAGUAAAAAAAAAUACCAAAAUGUGUCGGAGACUGGGUUCGAACCCGUGUCGCCAAAAGUGCAGUCCAGCGUCGUAUCCACUGAGCUACGACGGCUUACUCUAAUUGGGUGACAUAAUUAAGCUAUACACCUACCUCGGUAAUAUCACGUGAUAACACCGACUAGCCAAUCACGCAUAAGGAAUGAAUUCUACCUGGUAGACAUACCCAGUAAUCUUUUUUUAAUGGAAAAAUACGAAAUAACUGCUAACUUAAAUAAAUAAUAAACUAUGUGGUACUUCAGUUAGAAGUUUCAAUGCAUUGUUCACAUCGAUGCCAAGUUUAUGUCAGUUUUCGACAAUUUCCUUUUCUUUUUUUCGCUAUUUUAUCAUACGGAGUACAGCCCCUUUACAGCGACGCGAUAGAGUGUCCGUCCGCCUGCAGAGCAAGCGGUCGUGGGUUCGAACCCCGAAAGGUGAACAUAGCAAUUUGUGUAGUCUGUUACAUUCAUUUUGUGAAAAUUGUAUGAAUGGUCUUCAUUGUCUUGUUUCUCUGUUUUUGUCAACGAUUAAAAUUGAAAAUAAUAAAUAUUGUUUUGUUCUGCAAAUUAUCAGAA